AUGCCUCAUCGCAACUGCUCCAUUGAGAUUAACAACUCCUCUGGCUGCUACACUCUCGCCAAUCCAAGGGUGUUCACUGAGAGUGGCUGCUGUGAGGUCCCACUGCCACCCAUGCUAGGACCCUGCUCCGCUGCCAGCGCACUAUUCAACAAGACCACCGGCGCUGCAACCGGAACCGUCGGCGUAUUCACCUACGACCUUUUCAACGCCGACCUCAACGACUACAGCCACGUCAUGGCAGUCAUGUUCUCCGUGCCCUAUGACCGAAACCUCUACUCCAACUGGUUUGCUGUGGGGAUCUUUGAAAGAGGGAACGACUGCGACUACAAUCUUUAUGAUAUAAUGUAUAAUGGAAGCGAAAAUAAUUUUGUAAGAGCAAAGGCUGACGGCUCCUGCAUUUCCUAUGAGGGCGAUUAUGUUAUUGUCAGUGCCUCCAUGUCAGACUCAGGUGAAGCGGUGCUGAGGGUGGAUAUCAAUGAUACUGGAAUGUAUUAA